CAGCAGAGGUCACGCGUCCAGGAAGGGAUCAACAUGGCCGACGCACCCCGGACUGUACUGAUCUCAGGAUGCUCCUCGGGAAUCGGCCUGGAGCUCGCAGUGCAGCUGGCUCGUGACCCCAGGCAGCGCUACCAGGUGGUGGCCACCAUGAGGGACCUGGGAAAGAAGGGGACACUGGAGGCAGCUGCUGGGGAGGCUCUGGGUCAGACCCUCACCGUGGCCCAGCUGGACGUGUGCAGCGAUGAGUCAGUGGCCCAGUGUCUCAGCUGCAUCCAGGGAGGGGAAGUGGACGUGUUGGUGAAUAAUGCUGGAGUGGGCCUGGUGGGGCCCUUGGAGGGGCUCAGCCUAGCUGCCAUGCAGAAUGUCUUUGAUACCAACUUUUUCGGGGCCGUCCGUCUGGUCAAAGCUGUACUUCCUGGCAUGAAGAGGAGACGACAGGGCCACAUCGUGGUGGUCAGCAGUGUCAUGGGGCUGCAAGGUGUCGUGUUCAAUGAAGUCUAUGCGGCCUCCAAGUUCGCCGUGGAGGGGUUCUUCGAGAGUCUGGCUGUCCAGAUGCUGCAAUUCAACAUCUUCAUCUCCCUGGUGGAGCCGGGCCCGGUGGCCACCGAAUUUGAAGGCAAGCUCCUGGAGCAGGUUUCCACAGCCGAGUUCCCAGGCACUGACGCUGACACCCUGAGCUACUUUCGGGAUUUGUACCUCCCGGCCUCCAGGGAGCUCUUUCACUCUGUGGGACAGAGCCCACAGGAUGUGGCCAAGGUAAUUGUCAAGGUCAUCGGCUCAGCCAGACCACCCUUGCGCAGACAGACCAACGCCCGCUACACUCCGCUGACUGCCCUCAAAGCCAUGGACCCCUCCGGCAGCCUGUAUGUGCAAACCUCCCAUCGCCUGCUCUUCCGCUGGCCACGCCUCCUCAACCUCGGCCUUCGAUGUCUGGCCUGCAGCUGCUUCCGUACCCCAGUGUGGCCCCGGUGAGCAGAGCCUCACCCAACCCUCCUCACCCCUGAACAGCCAAGCCUCUUUGGUUCACAUCCAUCUCAGGCCAUACAGACUCUCCACUCAUUCAUUCAUUCAUUCAUUCAGCAAACUCUGCUUGACCCAUUCUGUGCCUGGGCAUUGCUGGGGCCCCAGAGAGAGCCCUCAGCCUCUAGACACAGACCCCUCUGCGGUCAGGGCUGGGGCAGAGAGAGGGGACCCUGGGACUCUGGAACCCUGGGCUGAGGGCCCAGAUCAGAGAGCUGGAGUUGUGUCUGGGAAGGCAAGGGAGGCUUCCUGGAGGAGGGGGCAUUGUUGCUGGACCUUGAAGGAUGAGACAGACUGCCUCAGUCAACCUCUGGACUUUGUCAUCUUCGGUCUGUGGAUUCUGGGAUGAUCCAAACAUCACCAUCCCUCCUCCCCGCCUAUACACACAGCCAAAGCUGGUUUGACUAAGGGGUCUCCAGACUUUUCUGGUCACAUACUCCAUCAG